AUUUUUCCUCGACUGCGUCACUAUAUUUCUAUGCCCUGUCGGCUGGAGAAUGGCUCAGUGUGGCUGCAACGGCAAAGUGGGCUAUUUGGUCAUUGAAUUAUUGCUAUUUAUUCUUGAUGGGUGGUAACAAUGGAUCUAACUAAUCAAGCACAGGAUCGUCGAAGACGUGAAGAAGCUAUAUUACCAGAACUGCUGUAUCUUGUCGCCAAGUUUUUGGAUUCAAGUGCCUGCAAAAGUUCAGCCAAGGUUUUGCUGGAGGAAAUACGGCAGCUGAAGCUGGUGCCGGACCGUUACGAUUGGCUCGGCAAUCGCCAUGAGCGGACUUGGGAGGAAUGGGACCGUCUCCACCCCCAUGUCGGUGGUGAGACGCUGCUGCGACUGUGCGGCAACAUGCUGCCGCUGCUGGACCGCCUGGUACCCAGCGGCGUGCGCGGCCUGCACUCGCUGCUGGGCGCCGGCUCCAACUCGGUGCUACGGACAGAGACGGUACAGCAGGACUGCGGGGAGGGACUGGUGGGUGUUAGGCAGUCAGUGAUCAGCGCCGGCUCCAACUCAGUGCUGCGGACAGAGCCGGGGAGCCAGCAGCGCCACCUACCUGUGCACCGGGUGGCGGCCAGAAUCGCAGGACGGCCCAUGUUGGAUCCCGUCGGUCUCAAACACACACCCACACUACCGGUGAGCAGUUUUGGCCGGGAGCUGCAGGGCAGCUGUCUGCGGCGUCACCUCAGCACCGAGCGGCUGCUGAGCCGCACACAGCUGCUCAAACGCACCCUGGGCCACCUCUCGGCCGUCUACUGCGUCCUGUUUGACCGUACCGGCUUCUGCGUCAUCACCGGCGCCGACGACCGUCUGGUGAAGGUGUGGUCGGCGCUGGACGGCCGCCUGCUGGCCACACUGCGCGGCGCGGCGGCCGAGAUCACCGACCUGGCCAUCAGCGGGGACAACACCCUGCUGGCGGCCGGCAGCUGUGACAAGGUCAUCCGCGUCUGGGACCUGCAGACCACCGCUCCGGUGGCAGUGCUGUCCGGUCACGGCGGUAUGAUCACGGCGCUGGAGUUCUGCCCAGGCCCGCUGCCGCAGCAGCGGCUGCUCGUCUCCACGGCGAACGACGGCUGCGUGGCGUUCUGGAGUUACCGGGACAAGGAGCGGCCCGCCGGCGGCCGGCCGGGCGUCCAGUUCGCCAGCCGGCCGGUGAAGAUCAACGAGCGCGUGCGGCCCGGCCAGGCGCAGCUCAUCUGCGCGGCGUUCAGCGCCGGCGGCACGUUUCUGGCCAUCGGCGGAGCGGACCAUCACGUCAGAGUAUACCGGACCGACUUCAGUGACGGCCCGGAGCGUAUUUUGGAGCUGGAGGCGCACUCCGACCGGGUGGACAGCAUCCAGUGGUGCCACAGCGGCUGCCGCUUCGUCUCCGGCUCCAAGGACGGCACGGCCAUCGUGUGGACGUUCGAGCGCCAGGAGUGGUGCCAGCGCAAACUGGUCAUGGAACGGCGGCCAGAGUUCCGCGAGCCGCACGAUGACGGCCGGCAGCGGCCGCUGCGCGUCAACAUGGUGCGCUGGACCACCGAUGACGCGUAUGUCGUCACCACCGUCAGUGACACCAGUCUUAGGGUGUGGGAGGCGACCACUGGCCGUCUUCUACACGUGCUAGCCGGUCACACGGACGAGGUGUUUGUGGUGGAGAGCCACCCGAAGGAGCCGCGACUGGUUCUGACCGCCGGACACGACGGACGCCUGUUCAUCUGGGACGUCUGGUCCGGCGUCGCGCUGGCAUCCUUCUUCAACCAUAUCGAGGGCGAGGGUCACGGCGGCUUAUUUGACGCCCGCUGGUCGCCUUGCGGCCUGUUCAUCGCCGCCACCGACUCACACGGACACCUGUCGCACUUUGGCGUCAGCGGCAACGACCAGUUUACUCGGGUCCCGUACGAGCAGUUUUUCCACACGGACUACCGUCCGCUGAUGCGGGACGCGCGGCAUCAGGUGCUGGACGAACAGACGCAGAUGGCUCCCCACCUGCUGCCGCCGCCGCUGCUCGUCGAUCGCGACGGCAACCCGCAGUCGGCGGCGGCGCAGCGGCUGGUGCCCGGCCGCGGCCACAUGACGGACCAGCAGCUGCUGCCCGUGCUGCAGCCCGUAAACGUGGAGGAGGAUGACCUGGUAGACGUGGAGCAGCUGGGGCCCGAGGUGCGGCAGAGACGACCCACCAUCGACGACAUGAUCGAGCGGCUGGCCAUCGAGCAGGCCAUGAGAGAGACAGCGGAGGAGGCUGAGGAGGCGGCGGACGUCGGCGCCGCGCCAGCCGUAGCGGACGCCCCUGUCCCAGAGCGGGAGGCGGCCGGGGAGCCCGCGGCGCCGGCCCCGGCGCGGCCGGCAGCAGCCGCCAGCGACUGGCGUCACCGGAGGGUGGCGCCGCGACUGUCGGCCAGGGAGCUGCAGCGACACAUCGAGUAUAGGAGCUUGGAGGCGGAGCUGGAGCAGAAACACUUUGAGGACGAGAUGAGCAGGCCGCGCCGUCCGCCGUCACCCACCCAGCGGCGGUUGACGACGCGCGAGCGGCGGCGACAGCGGCUGCUGCGCCGGCGCCGCCAGCCCAGCCAGCCGGACGGGCCGCAGGAGCCGGCCCAGCUGGAGCAGGAGCAGGAGCGACGGCAGGAUCGGCGCCAGGAGCGAGAGCAGAGGGUCACCCGGGCCGCCCGCGCUGUGCGCGCGCCCUUCAACGAAGACUUCGAGACCCGGCACGCGCUGCUGACGCUGGAGCUGCAGCGGCAGACGACUGCCGAGAGUGACAACGAAGACGACCUUCAGUUCGCCAUCCGCCGACUGGGCGCGUUCUUCGAGCCCAAACGAAACGUGGUCAGCGAGAGGUAUAGGUUCCGGAGCAGGGGCCAAUUGUCUGGCGAGACCACAGCCCAGUGGGCCUCGGCCCUGAGACAGCUCGCUACUACUUGCGAGUACCGGGACCCCACAGACGAGCUCGUACGGGACCAGGUGGUGGAGCGCACAGCCUCCACACGACUCCGUCGAAGGCUGCUCAUGGAGCCAGACCUGACGCUGGAGAAGUGCCUCGCCAUCGCUGAGUCGUUUGAGAGUGCUGCACGGGAAGCCCAAGCACUGGAGGCAGCUACCUCCUCCAGCCAAUGGAGCACGCCGAGUUCCAGUGACCAGAACCCGGACAACCUGUCGGAGCUGGGCUCCCCCUCCGGCUCGUCUUCCGGCUCAGACUCCGACUCCGACUCCGAAGAGGAGGAGGUGGACGCGUCGACUCGCCGAUCCGGGGCCAGCGAGUCGAGCGAGUACUCGGACUGGGUGGCAGAGUCGGGAGUCAGCCUGAACCCGCCGCAGCGGCAGCCCAAACGGCUCACAGCUCGUCAACGGGCGCUGCGGCGCCGGAUGCGCAGCGGCGCGUCCGAGCCGGACCCUGAGCCGCGUCCCGGCCCCUCGGGCACCCAGUCCCGACCCCGGCGGGCCUCCCCGCCGCCGCCGGCCCCCGCCGAGGAGGAGGAGGCUGUGGGGUCGCCGGAGUCGACCGCCCGCGCCGGCACCAGCUCCGAGCGCCAGCGGCCGUCCCGGGCCGCCAGAAAACGGACGGUCGCCGGUGGUAGCGGUGAGUCGGCGGCCUCCGACCCUGCCCCGGCGGCGGCCACCUCCAGCGCCCAGCAGCAGCUGGUCGACACGCUGGCUCCGUCCGCCUGGCUGUCCGAGGUGCUGCCCAGGAAGACGCCCUACUUCCCUCAGAUGGGGGACGAGCUUAUCUACUUCCGUCAAGGCCACCAGCUGUACGUGGAGGCGGUCAAACGGCGAAAGAUUUACGACAUCCGGCCACAGAACCUGCCCUGGGUCAAACAGGUCCUUCGGGACCGUGAGCUGGUGCGGAUAAUCGGCAUCAAGUACGAGCUGCGGCCGCCGUGCCUGUGCUGUCUGAAGCUGGGCCGCCUGGACCCGGAGACGGGCGCCGUGAGCGGCGGCAGCUUCACCAUCAAGUAUCACGACAUGCCGGACGUGGUCGACUUCCUGGUACUACGGCCGACGUAUGAGACGGCCAUGAGCCGCGAUUGGCAGCCCGACGACCGGUUCCGUUCAACGAUCGACGACGCGUGGUGGACGGGCCGGGUGCUGGAGCGGCGGCCGCUGGACCCGGAGUCGCCCGAGUCGCCGUUCCUCUGCUACCGCGUGGCCUGGGACACGGGCGAGUCGGAGCCGCUCAGUCCCUGGGACAUGGAGCCGCUGGAGGCCGGCUGGCCGUCCGACGACGAGGCCAGCCAGACGUCCGUGCCGCUGACGGACGAGGAGCUGCGCGGCGCCCUGCCCGGCUGGCGACAGCGGCCCGAGGACUGGGCCAACGACAGCCCCGAGGCCCAGAUGGACCGCAUCCGGCGCUGUCUGGAGAUUGUGAUGCAGCUGGCGAUCGCCGAGCCUUUCCUGGCGCCGGUGGACCUCAACCGGUACCCGACGUACGCCCAGAUCGUGGAGUACCCCAUCGACUUAUCGACCAUCAAGGCUCGUCUGGAGAACGGUUUCUACCGUCGCAUCACGGCCGUCCAGUUCGACGUGCGCUACCUGGCCUCCAACACGGAGAAGUUCAACCAGCCGCACUCGACCAUCGUCCGCUCGGCGCGUAUCAUCACGGACGUGUGUCUGGAGAUGAUCGGCGACAGCACGUGCCACGACCCGGCGCCGCUGUACCGGCGACACGCGGCCGCCUAUAACAGCGGCGGGGGACGCGAGAGGGACCGGCGCGGCGGCGGCCAGCGCGCCGGGCCGGCCGGAGCGGGCACCGGCGGCGGCCGGCGCGGGUCGCAGCGCUCGCCGCGCGUCACCAGACAGAUCGCGCGGCGCCGGUUCGCCGACAAGACGUGGCAGGAGCUGUGUGCAGAGCUGCUCGACAACCUGGUGCGGCACGAGGACUCUGGACACUUCCGCGAGCCGGUCAACCUGGACGACUACCCCGACUAUCUGAACCUGGUGGAGAGUCCAAUGGACCUGAGCUCCGUCAGAGAGGAACUCGAGGCCGGCUCCUACGUCUCGCCGCAGGAGUUCGCCGACGACAUCAGACUCAUCUUCCACAACUCCAAGACAUACAACACCAACAAACGAUCCACGAUUUUUGCCAUGACGCUGCGACUGUCGUGCUACUUCGAGGAGCAGAUGCGGCCGAUCCUCACCUACUUUGUGACCGGCCAGCGGCCGACCCGCUCCAGCCGGCGGCGGAACAGCGACUCGGACCCGCAGCCCUCCUCCAGUCGACAGCCCGGUCCCUCGCGAAGCCGUCCCCCGGAGCAGAGCGGCCGGCCGGUGAACGGGUUCGCCCACUCCUCCGAGGAGGAAUCUGAAGAGGAGGAGGAGCUCCCUCCGCGGCUGGCCCGCAGUCGGCCGUUCCGUCCGCCGGCGCAGCCCGCCUCUGGCCGGCUGCGGGGCCGCGUGCCCGUCUCGUACGCAGAGGACAGCGACUCGUCUGUGACGCGGCUGGCCCGCCGGGGUCGACUGGCGGCGCCGCUGGGGCCGCCGCCGCCGCGGCUGCACCCGGUCCGCACGGGCCCGGCGCAGCGGCGUGCCAUGGCGGCGGCAGCGGCGGCGGCGGCGGCCGAGCAGGAGGAACCGGACGACGGCGCGGGAGGAGAGGGCGCGGAGGACGGCGGCAGCUCCAGCGGCUCCAGCUCCUCCAGCUCCAGCUCCAGCAGCCAGGAGGACGCGGAGGAGGAGGAGGAGGCGGUCGAUGAGGAUGAGGACGAGGAGAGUGAGACCGAGUCGCCGCGCCUGCGGCCGAGCCGGACCACCAAAUACGACCACGACAGCGACUGGGAAGUGCGCGAGAGAAGGGACAGCCCGCCGGCGCGUCAGCCGCGCCGCACCGGACGCGCCCGGCCGCAGACCGCCCGCGCCUGGCGCCAGAUCUCUGGCGACGAUGAUGACGACGACGACGAUGAUUUCCAGCCGUCGCCGCCGAAAUCACGCACUCGCAGUCGCACGGCGUCCAAAAAGGCUCCCAAGCGGCGGCGGGCGGCAGACGACGAUGACGAUGACGAAGACUCUGACGCGGUGGGCCCGUCUCGACCGUCUGCCAAGCGGCGGCGCGCGCCAGCCGUCAGCGAGGAGUCAGAAGAGGAGGAACCACCGCCCCCUCCGCCGCCCCCGCCGCCGCCGUCUGCCAAGCGGAAGCAUGCGCCGGCCGUCAGCGAGGAAUCAGAAGAAGAGGAGGCCGCGCCGCCGCCGUCACGAACCAAACGGCUGCGGCUGCCAGAGAGUGACGACGAGUCGGACGAGCCCACCCCACCGCCGCCCAAGGCGCGCGACCCGCGCCGGCGGCGGCGACACUCGUCUCAUGAGGAGAGUGAAGGGGAGGCGCCGGCGCCGGCGGCCAGCCGCGCGGGACGGCGCGUCCCCCGCCGGCCGGCCCGGCUCCUCGCCUCGGACGACGACGAGACGGGCGGCGCGCACGGGCACACGAACGGCACCGCCGGCGGCCGGCAGAAGUCGAGCCGCUCGGCGGCGGCGCGCGCUCAUGCCCUGCUCGCGCUCUCCGACGAGGACGAGGAUUCGGACGAGGCGCGCAGCGCGCGGCUGGCGCGCCGUCUGGCGCACGCCGACGCCGGCUGGGGCGGCCGCCCGCCGGAGCCGCGCCGGCGCUCGUUCGUCUCGGCCGAGGACGAGGCGGCCGAUGGCGCGCCCCGUAUCAGCGUCAGCAGUCGCGGCCGGGUGCGCAAACUGAACCCGCAUGCGUUCGUGACGGACUGACAGGCGGCCGCCGGCGAUCCGCGGCGACGCACCCGCUCAACACGGCCGGGUGCGACCGGUGGGUCCGGCGCCGGCGGCCGCUGACAUCGCAGAUACACUCUAACUGACGCUCAUUUCGGCGGUGACCGUGCCACCGACCGGUGCGGCCACCCGCCAGACACGCCGCCGCAGCAUGGAUCAAUGACGGGUGAUUCCGCGAGUCUCUUGUUUUCCAUUUUUGUCAUUUUCUUUGCUCAAUUGUUGAAAUAAACUUGUGAAUAAAUGUCUUUAUAA